GUUUGGUAACCUCCUUCUUCAGUCCCGCAUCUUCUCUUUGCUCUCGGAGAAGGAGAGAGAGAGAAUUUGGCGAGAGUGCGCGCACACUUUUUUUUAUACAAUAACAACACUUAGUAGUGUUAGUAAUAAUUUCCCCCUCGAAGAUAUGCGGAGGCGAUUGUGCAUCUAAUGUGAGAGUUGUGAGAGCAAAAAGAGGUGAAGACCCUCUAAAGCGGUGAGUGGAGGCAUUUUGGUCCGGUGAAGGUUUAUCUUCGAAACAUUCUACAUGAGUGUGAAGAGUGAACACAACAAAACCAAUACCCUUAUUAAAAAUAGUAACCGUGCACCAAUUGCAAUCCUGGAAUGCUUAGAGGAGGGGCUUCUUUCGACUGAAAGCUCAAUGGCAACCAAUCCGAUGAGCCGGCAAGUUUCCCUAUCCUACCCUGCCAACAUGAGAUAUAGGAAUUUGGGAAAAUCAGGAUUAAGAAUAUCAGCCAUCGGAUUAGGAACUUGGGUGACUUUCGGCUCACACAUAUCGGAGCAAAUGGCUGAAGACAUAGUUUCUGUAGCAUAUGAGAAUGGUAUUAACUUAUUUGACACCGCAGAUGUUUAUGCCGGAGGAAAAGCCGAAAUGUUACUAGGCAGAAUAUUGAAAAAGAAGGAGUGGAAAAGAUCAACGUACAACGUCGCCACUAAGCUGUUUUGGGGAGCAAGAGGGGAGACGGAUAGGGGACUAUCUAGGAAGCACAUAAUCGAAGGUUUGCAGUCAUCAUUAGAAAGACUUCAACUAAGUUACGUGGAUAUAAUUUUUGUAAAUAAAGCUGAUCCUAUGUGUCCAAUGGAAGAGGUUGUUCGUGCCUUCACCCACUGUAUUAAUCAAGGCAUGGCUAUGUACUGGGGUACGUCUCGAUGGACAGCCAUGGAAAUAAUGGUAAAAAAAAAUAUUGAUUUUAUUUUGCGAAGUGCAUGUAUCGGUACGAUGACUUGGUCACCACAAGCCUUCGGAAUGUAUACCGGAAAAUUUGAUGAAGGGGUGCAUCUCCUGUCCAGGGGUUCUGUCAAGAAUUAUACAAUGCAAGACAAGAGCACUUGUCCAGAGGAAGGAAGAAGUCCUCGUCACCAGUCCAAGCUCCAAGAGCUCUCAGUACUGGCAGAAAAAGUUGGUUGCACAUCAACUCAACUUACGAUAGCUUGGUGCCUGAAAAAUGAAAAUGUUCAUUGUGUGUUAGUAGGAGCUUCAACACCUGAGCAACUGUAUGAACACUUACAUGCCCUUCAGCUGCUACCAAGAUUAACAACGGGCCUCAUCAACGAAAUUGAGAAAAUUCUGGACAACAAGCCUAUUCGAGUGCCUGUUCAAAGGUGACUGCUGCUACAAAAGGAUUCCUUGCCGCUGUCUAGGAGUCCUUUACUUCCUGGAACUGCCUCGAUUUUGGAAGUGGAAGAGGGUGUGGCACGUCUUGAAGCCAUCAGGGAAGACAGCGGAAUCGAUGGCAGCAAAUCGCCCGAAGAACCACCUAGAGGUUUCUUUGAUAACCUUCUCAGUAACUGUGUUAUUCAAUGAGGAAUUUGCAUUUUUUGAAUGGUAUACUGUUCACACAAAAUGGCUACUCUUUGGCCAAGACAUUUCUUCCCAUUCACGGUAUGAGCCGGUGCUUUGAAAAACCAAUGUUAGUUCCGUUCACAUCAUUUUGGAAAAGGAGGUUAAAUUUCGGUUAACAUAAUGGGGUGAAAAUUUUAGCUUUACGUGUGAAAUAAAAAGCAAAUUUUUGUAUGCAGAUAAAUUAACUUUAAUCAGUCAAAUAUCUUCCAUUCUGUUCUAUGACCUUUUGACCUUCAUGAUCCCACGCUCUUAAAGCUUCUAGUUCUUAUCAGAAAAACUCAACAAAGUUCCAUUUGUGAGGUCAUCCUUAUCACUGAAAUUUUAACCAUUGAAAAAGUUUUGUAAACUUCGAAAUGAAUGGUAAUCUACUGGUGAAUGGUCGGAGCUAUAUGGAGGGCGAUACAUCACUUCCCAACUUAUCUCCAAUGAUUUUGCACGCUAAAUAUAUAUGAAGCCUUACAUUGUCGUGAUAGAAUACAAUUACUCUGGUGCAUUUUUUUUUAUUUCAAAGUUUACAAAGCUUCUUAAAUUGUAAAAAUUUCAGUAAUAACGAUGACCUCAAAUCACACUCGAUUAAGUUUUUUACUUAUAAGUUGAUUUUACCGAUAAGUUUUGCUGAUAAGAUUAUCAAUCAUCAUGGGAUCAUGAAAAUUUGAUUUUAUUUCACAAUAGAAAACCAAAAUCAUUUUCUGGGCCACCCAAUAAUUUCUAGAGAGGUUUCGAUGAUCCCAUUCUUACAGAUUUUGAUGGAAAUUAAAUGGAAUACCGUAUUCUCCAUUUGUUAGUAAAUAGCUGAUUAAUUUUAAUUUCAAUAAAAGAGAUGUUGUAUAUUCCUGCAUCUGUUCGGGCAAAAUAUUCUAAUCAUUUGACAGUAUUGAAGAAAAAGAUCGAUAAUUGAAUAAAGCUGAUGUAAAUAAAAAAAAACAUCUUAAUAGCUAAAAAUACGGAAAAUCAUGAAAAGAACGGGG